AUGAAAAUUGCUUGCGGGAUUCGGGAAAAACUAGCAACAGUAACAGGAAACAGCAUAACCGGACGGAAGAACCACAAAAACCGAAAACAGCCACGGAUACGGCGAGCCAUAGUUCGCGAUGAAGAAGAAGAACGAACCUUGGCUGACACUCAGGACGGAAAAUUGGUUGAUACUCAGUGA